AUUCUGCGUCACCACCUGGGCGGGGCCGUUCGGUUGCUGACGACAUCAACCCGGCACCUGCCAACAUGGAAGGUGGCGACGGUAACGUCGCUGUGGCUGGCCUCGGGGCUCGAGGCUCCGGAGUGGCUGCAGCGACAGUCCGAGAACUUCUGCAGGACGAGUGUUAUAGUGACUUUUUAAACGAAGACUUUGAUGUAAAGACUUAUACUUCUCAAUCUAUUCAUCAAGCUGUAAUUGCUGAACAACUAGCAAAACUUGCCCAAGGAAUCAGUCAGUUGGACAAAGAACUACAUUUACAGGUUGUUGCAAGACAUGAAGAUUUACUGGCACAAGCAACUGGGAUUGAGUCGUUGGAAGGUGUUCUUCAGAUGAUGCAGAUGAGAAUUGGGGCUUUACAGGGAGCUGUUGAUAGGAUAAAAGCAAAAAUUGUUGAUCCAUACAAUAAGAUAGUUGCCCGUACUGCACAACUCGCAAGACUUCAGGUUGCCUGUGAUUUGCUUCGGAGAAUUAUUCGUAUCCUGAAUCUCAGUAAGAGACUCCAAGGACAACUGCAAGGGGGAAGUAGAGAGAUAACAAAAGCUGCUCAGAGUCUCAAUGAACUUGAUUAUCUUUCUCAAGGAAUAGACCUUACUGGAAUCGAAGUGAUAGAAAAUGAUCUACUUUUUAUUGCAAGAGCCCGACUUGAAGUGGAAAAUCAAGCUAAGCGCCUACUAGAACAGGGUUUGGAGACUCAGAAUCCAACUCAAGUCGGAACAGCUCUUCAGGUUUUCCAUAAUCUUGGAACUUUGAAGGAUACUAUUACCAAUGUUGUGGAUGGAUAUUGUGCUACUUUGGAAGAAAAUAUCAACAGUGCAUUAGACGUAAAAGUUUUGACUCAGCCUUCUCAGUCAGCUUUGAGAGGGGGUCCUGGACGAUCUACCAUGCCAACCCCAGGAAAUACUGCAGCUUUGCGUGCUUCACUCUGGACCAAUAUGGAGAAACUUAUGGAUCAUAUUUAUGCUGUUUGUGGACAGGUACAACAUCUACAAAAAGUACUGGCCAAGAAGAGAGAUCCUGUUUCUCACAUUUGUUUCAUUGAAGAAAUAGUUAAGGAGGGACAACCUGAAAUUUUCUACACAUUUUGGAAUUCAGUUACUCAGGCACUUUCUUCCCAGUUUCAUAUGGCAACAAACUCUUCUAUGUUUUUGAAGCAGGCAUUUGAGGGAGAAUACCCCAAAUUAUUACGUCUUUAUAAUGACUUAUGGAAGCGUCUUCAACAAUAUGGUCAGAAUAUCCAAGGGAAUUUUAAUGCCAGUGGAACUACAGACCUCUGUGUUGACCUACAACUCAUGGAAGAUGAUGCACAAGAUAUAUUCGUACCAAAAAAGCCGGAUUAUGAUCCAGAAAAGGCUUUGAAAGACUCACUACAACCCUAUGAGGCUGCUUAUCUAUCAAAAUCCUUAUCUCGACUCUUCGAUCCUAUCAACUUGGUUUUUCCCCCAGGUGGUCGUAAUCCUCCUUCCUCUGAUGAACUUGAUGGUAUCAUUAAAACUAUAGCAAGUGAACUAAAUGUUGCUGCGGUUGAUACAAACCUCACAUUAGCUGUGUCAAAAAAUGUGGCAAAGACCAUCCAGUUAUACAGUGUAAAAUCAGAGCAGCUUCUCUCCACACAAGGAGAUGCAAGUCAGGUGAUUGGGCCUCUUACUGAAGGACAGAGAAGAAAUGUGGCAGUAGUGAAUUCACUGUAUAAGUUGCACCAGUCAGUAACAAAGGUCGUUUCCAGUCAGAGUUCAUUCCCACCGGCAGCUGAGCAAACUAUAAUUUCAGCUUUAAAGGCUAUUCAUGCUCUUAUGGAAAAUGCUGUGCAACCCUUACUCACUUCUGUGGAAGAUGCUAUAGAGGCCAUAAUCAUCACCAUGCAUCAAGAAGAUUUUUCUGGGUCAUUACCCAGCUCAGGAAGACCUGAUGUUCCUUGUUCUCUGUACAUGAAGGAGCUACAAGGAUUCAUUGCCAGAGUUAUGAGUGACUAUUUUAAACACUUUGAAUGCUUGGAUUUUGUCUUUGACAACACUGAGGCUAUUGCCCAAAGAGCAAUUGAACUUUUUAUCCGCCAUGCCAGUCUCAUAAGACCUCUUGGUGAAGGUGGGAAAAUGCGACUUGCUGCUGAUUUUGCACAGAUGGAGUUGGCUGUGGGUCCAUUCUGCAGACGAGUAUCUGAUUUAGGAAAGUCCUAUCGGAUGCUGAGAUCAUUCAGACCUCUGCUCUUCCAGACAAGUGAACAUGUAGCCAAUAGUCCUGCACUGGGGGAUGUGAUUCCAUUCAGCAUCAUUAUUCAGUUUUUGUUCACGAGAGCACCUGCUGAGCUGAAAUCUCCUUUCCAGAGGGCAGAGUGGUCCCACGCACGCUUCUCUCAGUGGCUGGAUGACCAUCCAUCUGAAAAGGACAGACUCCUCCUCAUCAGGGGAGCCCUGGAAGCUUACGUUCAAUCAGUGAGAAGUAGAGAAGGAAAAGAAUUUGCACCCGUUUAUCCCAUAAUGGUUCAGCUGCUUCAAAAAGCUAUGUCUGCUCUUCAGUAACAGUAUGAAAUCUUUGUUCAUCUCCACUUUCUGCUAACCCAUUCACAGUUGGCGGUUAACACAUACUCCAAAAUACAGCUACUGUCUACUGUUUUAAGAAUGUAAUUGAUUGUUCUGCAUUUCCUAUUGAUCUUUAUUUACCUCCUUAUCACUUUAGUAUAAAAUUGUCAAGUCAUCAUCACAUCCUCUUAAUUUCAUGGGCUUGAUUUUUCCAGAAAGUUUUCCGCUUUCAGAUUUUUGUACAAGGCUAAAAUUUCUUUCCCAUCCAUAACUGAGUCCUCCUAUGUGUACAUAUACCCAAAGUCCCCACUUCUUUUAAAAGGAUAUGAUCAAGUUAUAUACCCUGCUUCCCCCAGCCCUGCCUUCUUCACUAAAUAAGCACGUUAGCUCAGUGGUUUCCAAACUUGGCUGCAUGUUCACAUUCACCAGGGGAGUUUUUAAAAAUCUUGAUGCUCAACUUGCACUCCAUAUUAAUUAACAUGUCUAGGAGUGGGAGCCUAACACCAGUAAUAAAAAAAAAAGAUCCCCAAAGUGAUGCCAAUAGACAACAAAGCUUAGGAACCACUGGCACAUCUCAAAGCUAAGAUACAGGGUUAAUCAGCCUUGAGAUGUCAUACUGGAUCUUUAAAUAAAGCAAGGCUUUCGUUAUACUGUCAUGGUAUUAAAAGCAGACCUUUGGGGCUGUCUAACCUUGUAACAAAGAUGCCACGUGAAAAAUAAACAUUUUUAUUCUAUAGCGAAAUAGUAGGUAAUCUAAGGCCUUAUUUUCUGAUUGACUGCUCUUGUUCCAUUAUUAACAGUUUUAAUUUUUAAAAUAUCAUGACUCUUAUUAGCAGUGUUAGGAAUCCGCCUUGUUUUCCAUCUCUUGAACCUGUUAUUCUGAGAACUCAUAAAAUUCAGCCAAUUAAUCAGCAGACGUCAGAGAUAAGCAAUUUUUUUUUCAAUUUAUUUGAAAUAAUAUACAAGAAUAUAGUGUGCAAAAUUUAGGGGCAACAUCAUGAAGUGUAAUGAACUGAAAUCAAUUUUACAGCUGUGAUUCCUAACCAGAAACACCACUUGGUAAGUAAUAUGAAAAGCCAUGAUUGUAGCUCAGAGCAAAAGCAGCUGUAUUGCCAAUGUAUUUGCUCUAAUUUUAGACAGUUGGAGGAAAAUUAAAGUGCAAGUGUUGCACUGCAAUAAGUGCAAAGUCUGCCCCCACCAUAAAGAUUAUGAUGACAAAAUAUAUUUAAGAUACAUGGCUGAGGAGAUAUAGAACACAGAGUUAAAAAUACAAUGGUGUUGACUGUUAAUAGCACCAUUACAGUGACUAUAUCCCAAUGCUAUUAACUAACUUUACCUUGGCCUGGGCUAGGUCUCAGUGGGAAAUAAUGGAUGGCUGCUGCCACCUGGUGCAUCAACUCGGCAUGCCAUGGUAACUGCAGCAAGUGGCUCUUAGGCUAGGGCACCAACCCCAGCCACCUGCCACAUGUUCUGGGUAGCCUCUUGGCACGGACCAGACUAGGAGCGCCUACGUUUGGCACAGAUGCUGAGCCAUGUGGUGGUUACUUGAGGAAAGGCCGACUCCCAGCUUCUGCUUCAUUCCAUCAUGUGUACAAUACAGAUUAAUAAGCAGUAAGGAGCCAAUGUAUAAACAGCAGUUACAUAUUUUUUUAAAUUCCCCUUUCGUACAAUUAUUUAAAAUAAAACAGGUAUACACUUCUCCUCUUUCUACUGUACUUUAGCACCACAGGAUAUCAAUUUUCAAGCCUAUAUUACCUGAUAGACAUAUAUGAAAUUUGGAAGAAGAAUAAGGCAAUUUGGUUUACAAUGUUGAUAGUUUUAACUUACUUAAUGCUCUAAUGGAGAAAGCAAAUCCUCACUCAUAUUAUUAAAUCAUUUCUAGACUCAAUGCUAUCAGUAACUUAUGGUCACACAAAAUCUGGACAAAUGGUGAGACCUUGAUCUUCUUACAUCUUUCCAUCAAGAGUCAACGUAUAUGCAAAUAUAGACUUAACAACAUAAGCAUCCUGGUUUAAUGUUGCUGUGAGCCCUGUGGAAAUAAAAUUAAACUCAGUGAAUGUUUACAAAUAGAGUAAUCCUACAUGUGAAAGCUAAGAUGAUGUAUAAGAUGUUUAAUAAAUUUACUAUUAGAAAAUA